GUCACAGUGGGCCGGUUGAGCCUUCCUUCGUUCGAUUCAGGCAGGCUCUCUAUUCAUUUUACAUGUAGCAAGCAGGGUUGCGGGGUGCAGUUCAGACAUGGGAAGUGAGCAUUACUGCCUGAGGUGGAACAAUCAUCAGAGCAACUUGCUGGGUGUGUUCAGUCAACUGCUGGAGUCGGAGUCGCUGGUGGACGUGACACUGGCGUGCACGGAGGGACCUUCGAUACGUGCCCACAAGGUAGUCCUCUCCGCGUGCUCCAGCUACUUCCAGGCCCUAUUCCUCGACCACCCGAACCGCCACCCCAUAGUCAUCCUAAAGGACGUACGUUUCGCCGAGCUACGUACCCUCGUCGACUUCAUGUACAAGGGCGAGGUAAACGUCGAGUACUGCCAGCUAUCGGCCCUCCUCAAGACAGCGGAGAGCCUUAAGGUGAAGGGUCUAGCGGAUAUGACGAACAUCAACGCGGCGGUAGCGUCGAGGGACGAGCAGCAACAGCAGCAGCAACAACAGCAGCAGCAGCAACCGCAGCAACAACAGCAGCAGCAGCAACAACAGCAACAACAACAACAACAACAACAACACACGAGCACAUCCGAGGGUAUACAGCGCGAGACGUCGCGAGAACAUCACCGUGAACGCGAGAGCAUAAAGGAAGCGAGCAAUAAGGAGAGAGACAGGGAAGGAAACGCGUCCGGUGGCACGGGCUUGCCAUCGGCGGGGGUGAAAGAAUGCGAACAGCCCCAACAGAACCUACCCCAACCACCCACCAGCGAGUCCGUCGAGGCCGUAGAUAUGACGGACUGUCCGCCAUCGCCCACCGGACCCGGUAGCCCCUGUCCAGGACCGUUGGCGCUCGAUCGACCUAGGAGGGACUCCGAAGAUGCCGCCAGUCUAGAAGAAACGAGGGGUUCCCUUAGCCCGAUCUCGGUGCACAGUGGACCGUCGGAUAUGAGUCUAAGUAACAAUACCGGAAGCACGCCUGGUGUGCUACCGUUGAACCUGCCGCAGAGCCGGUUUCCGUCCCCGCACAGUACAGAGCCUCUCGCGGGCCCGUCGGGGUUACCCCCAGUCCAGCAAGUUCCACUUUCGUUAAAAAAAGAGAUGGACUGGGAAAGGUCGACCGAGGAGCGCAGUGCUAGCAGCGAAAUAUCCACGGAUUACAGACUCCCACCAGAUCCGGUGUCGCUGGCCCUCGGUUUGGAGGCAGGGGGUUGGGGUGCCCUUGUGGAACGCUCGGGUGGUGGCGGCGGAAGCGGUUCCCUGCUAGGUCACGGCGGUUUCGCCAGUCUGGCGGGGUUGGCGCGUCGCUGCGGCGUCUGUCUGGCGACGUUUCCUUCCGCCUGGUUGCUGGAACGACACGCGUUGCUGCAGCACGCUGGCCAGGCCAGCGACGACAAGCCGUUCACCUGCGAGCAAUGCGGCCAACGCUACCGCUACCGAUCCGCUUACGUGAAGCACCGAGAGCAGAACCAUCGGGCCCGUCUGCCGGCUGACAAGCUGUUCACCUGCGACGUCUGUGGUAUGCAGUUCAGGUAUCUCAAGUCGUUCAAGAAGCACCGGCUGAACCACGCGCUGGAGCGACUGCAACGUGCUCCCGAGCCUCAGGGUAGCGCGGUGGCAGUGUCAGCAGCGGCCGAGAGGAGCGACCAGGUGUCCAGUACCGGGGAACCGUCUCAGGUAGAGACGGGGAGCGACACCACCACCAACCCGGGCGAGGAGGAGACCAGAGGCACCUUCAACGAGAACGCUCGCGAGGAGAGCGUCUCGGAGACGGCGAGUGUUCACGAGAACCCCGGCGAGGCUGUCGAGGUGCAGAUGACAGAGGCUCCGACUGGCAACAGCGGGUCAGCGGGUGGCGGCAGCACCAGCGAGGUCGGCGACGCGGAUGACAACGCGGUGGACGACGACCGGUCAGAGGCGACCGAUCCUGUGAUCAGCCUGGCACGCAGCAGCCACGAGGUUGACAGGCGCGAGCGCCGUUUCGCCUGUCCCUUUUGCGGUAAGUGCGUCCGGUCCAAAGAGAACCUGAAGCUCCACGUGCGAAAGCACACCGGUGAAAGGCCGUUCGUCUGUCUGUUCUGCGGACGCGCGUUCGGUGGGAAGAGCGACCUGACCAGGCACCUCCGCAUCCACACCGGCGAGAGGCCGUACCACUGCGAGAUGUGCGGCAAAUGCUUCGCCAGGGCGGACUACUUGUCCAAGCAUCUCACCACGCAUAUACAUCAGCGUUAA